AACCCCAUCAAGUCUUUGUUUUGGAAAUUCGAUCCCGGAGGUCUUUGUGUCGUCUGAAAAUCUGCCGCCCGGUCCUUAUCCGUUUAAAGAAGCAGAAGCUACCAGAACUUCCUGCUCGUCUCUCUCUCUCUCUCUCGUGAUUCCAAAUUCAGAACUACCAACUGUUCCAGAAUUCGCCGUUUCGUCUCUUUUUGUUACCUGAUCGAAGCCGGAGAUGGAUCCGACAAAUCUGAAUCAACUGAAGCUUUUCAUUGAUCAAUGCAAGUCCAAUCCUUCUGUACUCGCCGAUCCCUCUCUCUCCUUCUUCCGCGACUAUCUCGAGAGUACUCUGAUUUCAGUGUUGGCGCUAAGUUGCCUCCUGCUGCCUAUGAAGAUAAAGAUCCAAGAGCGAAGGGUUUUGUUGUGGAGGAGGAGAGUGAUGAGGACAUGGAAGGAACUGAAGAAUCAAAGACAAAGGUCGAGGAAGAGGAGGAGGAAGAUGAGAUCAUUGAAUCUGAUGUGGAGCUCGAAGGAGACACUGUUGAGCCUGACAAUGAUCCUCCUCAGAAGAUGGGAGAUUCAUCCGUAGAGGUCAUGGAUGAGAAUCGUGAGGCUGCUCAGGAGGCCAAGGGCAAAGCCAUGGAAGCCAUUUCCGAAGGAAAAUUGGAUGAAGCGGUGGAGCAUCUAACUCAGGCAAUCUUGUUAAAUCCAGCUUCGGCUAUUAUGUAUGCCACCAGAGCUACUGUCUAUGUGAAGUUGAAGAAGCCAAACGCUGCCAUUCGAGAUGCCAAUGCUGCUUUGGAGAUCAAUCCUGAUUCUGCGAAGGGAUACAAGUCUCGUGGCAUGGCUCAUGCCUUGCUCAGCCACUGGGAAGAGGCUGCGAAAGACCUUCACCUUGCAUCUACAAUCGACUACGAUGAGGAAAUCAAAGCUGUUCUAAAAAAGGUUGAACCGAAUGCUCAUAGGAUAGAGGAGCAUCGAAGGAAGUAUGACAGAUUACGAAAGGAAAGAGAGGACAGAAAGGCUGAACGCGAGAGGCAACGUCGCCGUGCUGAAGCACAGGCCGCUUAUGAGAGAUCAAAGAAGCAAGAACAAUCAUCAUCCAGCAGACAACCUGGAGGUGGGUUCCCGGGAGGAAUGCCCGGCGGUUUCCCGGGUGGAAUGCCAGGUGGAGUGCCCGGAGAUUUCCCGGGAGCUAUGCCAGGCGGAGUUCCCGGCAAUGUGGACUUUAGCAAAAUCUUGAAGGAUCCUGAGCUAAUGGCUGCGUUUAGCGACCCAGAAAUCAUGGCCGCGCUCCAAGAUGUGAUGAAGAACCCUGCCAAUCUGGCGAAGCAUCAGGCCAACCCUAAGGUGGCUCCGGUCAUCGCUAAGAUGAUGAGCAAAUUUGCAGGACCCAAGUAACCUCUCUCUCUCUCUCUCUCGCUCGCUCGCGUACACAUGCGUGAGAUGUUACGGGCUUUGUCCAAACGAGUUGGACAACACUCGAAUCGUGACAAAAUCCAUCCCCCCUUUGGUCUACUAAAUUGUUCAAAUGAGUGGCUUGUACGAUGCAGUGGCGGACCUACGUGGAGAUGAGUGGGGGCACUGGCCCCCACUGUUUUUUUCCUUUUAAAAAUAUUAGUUAUAAAAUUUAAUAAAAUUUUAAAAAAAUAUGUUAAUGCCCC